GGACCCAGUCCUCUGUCCAACAGGAGCAGAGCAGCCCAGGGGACAAAAGGGGAGCCUGCCUGACCCCUAACAGGAUCACCAAGAAAGCCAGGACCAGGGGCGCCUGGUGCACCUUUUUGUGCCAAGGGUGCCUUCCCUUCCUCCCUGCCUCUCCUCCUUGUCACUGUUUUGUCCUCUUUCCUUUCCCCCUCUCUAAAAGCUGGGCAGGAUCAGGACCUGGGCAUGGCUGCCCUCCACCUCUGGGACCACCUGAAGGCUGGCAGCUCCGAGCUGGACUGGUGCGAGGAUAACUACACCAUCGUGCCCACCAUCGCCGAGUUUUACAACACGAUAAGCAACAUCUUAUUUUUUGUUUUGCCACCUAUAUGUAUGUGUUUAUUCCGACAAUAUGCCACCUGCUUCAACAGUGGAAUAUAUUUAAUAUGGACCCUGCUAGUGGUCGUUGGAAUUGGAUCCGUCUACUUCCAUGCUACGCUUAGUUUCCUGGGUCAGAUGCUUGAUGAACUUGCUAUACUCUGGGUCCUGAUGUGUGCUCUGGCUAUGUGGUUUCCCAGAAGAUAUCUACCCAAAAUGUUUAGAAAUGACAGGGGCCGAUUUAAAGCUGCAGUGGGCAUCCUUUCCGGGAUUACUACCUGCCUGGCUUUCAUUAAGCCUGCCAUCAAUAACAUUUCGCUGAUGACCCUGGGUCUUCCCUGCAGUGCACUGCUCGUUGCAGAACUUAAAAGGUGUGACAAUGUGCGAGUUUACAAGCUGGGACUCUUUUCUGGUCUCUGGUGGAUGUUGGCACUCUUUUGUUGGAUCAGUGACAAAGCAUUUUGUGAGAUCUGGUCAUCAUUCAACUUUCCAUAUCUGCACUGUGUAUGGCACAUCCUCAUCUGCAUUGCUGCUUACCUGGGCUGUGUCUGUUUUGCCUACUUUGAUGCUGUCUCCGAGAUCCCCGAACAAGGACCUGUCAUUAAGUUCUGGCCCAGUGAAAAGUGGGCUUUCAUUGGCGUUCCUUAUGUCAGCCUCCUCUGUGCCCACAAGAAAUCACCCUUGAAGAUUACAUGAAGCUUGAAAUAUGCAGAGAGAAGGCAGUAGAACUACACUGACGUGUAUUUUUCUGCUUAGUCUCUCCCUCUCCCCAAGCUGUGUGAUUCUCCAUGAGGACUUUUCUCUCUCUAUUUCUGACUUGCAAGCACACAGGUUGUGUAACGCAGCAAGGUGUCUCCUUUGGGAACCCCACCCCUUGAUUUUGGUGACUCUGGAACUUUUCUAUUAAAUGUCUUUUUAUCAGUG